UCGACAUUUAAUAUCAUUUCAUUUUGAUUGUAAUUGGAUUGUCAGUGUAUUUAGCUAUGGUAGAAGAAGAGAGAAACAAGCGGAAGCGUAAGAUGGUGAACCUGCUUCACCAGGUCAUUAAUAUUAUGCAAACUGACAUUGCCUCGGAGUCGGAGGAUGCUGCAAAUAUGCCUACUCGGACUGACACGAUGAUCUCGAGUGUCCUCGAGCAUGUCGAGAAUGCGGAGACCAGGCCGCCUGCAGCUGCCCGGCCUGCUGAUAGGUUAAGAAGAAUGCCAGCUGCCGCUGCUGGCAGCGCAAGCACAGCAACAGGCACAGCCACAAGUACUCCUAGUCCUACUCCUAGACCUAGGCAAAGUGCAACUCGAGAAUGGCCUAGUACUAGCAGUACUAUUGAUUCCAGCGCAAGAGUCACCACCACGGACUUUCCAUCAGCCAUAGCUGAGCACCGGGCAUUGUUUCAGCCCUAUCCAAGAAGGAACACCACUGCCACUGCUAGUGCUAGUACUAGUACUAGUAGAUAUAAUCGACGACAUGUUGGACGCCAAACAAGUCAAGAACGAUUCACCGGCACACGAGUUUCCCAGAAUGAAAGAACCAUCAAACGCUGGUUUCUCUGUCUGCACACAACAGAUGCAUGUGUAGUGCCAACAACAACACUAAAGUCCCAGUUAUAUGACUCAGGCCUGGGAGAAAGGGAAGUUGUAUUUAGAAUGUGCGAUGAUGCUGCUGCUGUGAAGGACAGCAUAUUCAGCACAUUUCCGAAACUGGAGCAAACAGGGGGUUUUGAGGUGCUGAAGGUGAAGGAGGGCAGCCGCACUUGCCUUGAUGUUAUUCAAGUGGGAUCAUUCCCCUCUGCAAAGUUGCGGUCCUUUGGCACCAGCUCCUCUACCAAAUUAUACCUUCGGCCAUUGCAGAGGGACAUCACCCUUGAUGAGACUGCCAGUGCUGCAGAGGACCUCGAGGAAUGUGUAGAGUGUGGGGAGUACUACCCCAUAGCUGAAAUGCGUUCCCAUAAGGAGGAUUGCAUGAGAUAUAAUGUUGAAUUUGUCGAGGUGCCUUAUGCAACACCUACAGAUGAUGUCCUUGUAUUCGAGGAACCAAUCCUUGAGCCGGUUCAGGAUUCGUUUGGAUCUGCAGAUCUGACCGCUGCCAUAGGCAGCAUCAUUGACAACAUCACAGCUGAAGACCCGAAGGCAGUAUUGGCCGAGUAUACAAAAGCCUUUUUACAGGGCAGACCACUUGAUGUCGAUGUUGAAAGAUCUUUGACAAUGGUGGGCGAUGUUGAAGAAAUCUUCUUGGACAGGGAGGAAAUUUUUCCAACUGCAUUCAGUGAACUGAUGCGAGGGCAUGUAAAUCGCAGGCUCCCUCUCCGGGUCAACCUACUCGGAGAGGAUGUUGAUGAUUUAGGUGGGCCAAGACGAGAGGUCCUGACCCUGCUCCACAGGGAGGUACUCAAUAAUUUUGUGGCCAAUGGAUCAUUGGUCACAAAUCCCGCAUUUGUUCGGCAGAAAAAAAUUUGAGUUUGCGGGAAUGAUCUGUGCCCUAUGCCUUCUCCAGGGAGGUCCACUGCCAAAGUUCUUCGGGCAAGAUGUCGUGCAACAUAUGACAUUAAAUGGUGGGAACGCUUCAGAUGAAUUGAAGCAGUUCAUCAGAGGUUUGGAUCUUUAUGGAAUAGUCAAGCUGAUGGAUAAAAACCCAGAAUGCCGUAUUUUCUUCAACAAGGAUAUGGAGAAAGAGACACCUCUGUCUGUAUCGAUUUUACUGAACCUGUUCCUCCCAACCCAGUAUUCUGCUAAUGGGUCUAAUAGGAGACAGAAAGAAAAGGCGGCUAUGAAAUUCUUCACUAAAUGGCUUCGUGAAGUUGAAGCUUGCAACAGGUAUUUCAUUCAACCAGGAGGAGAGGAGUCUCCUUCCAAAAUAGACCUUGGCGACGCUCUGAGGUUUGUAACUGGG